UCCCCCCAUUGGUACUCAGACCAUGAUCAUGCCUUUCCUUAUGCUUGGUGAUGGAGAAGUACCUUUAGGAUGAGCCACUGCCACAUGCCCAUGCACAGGAGUGCACACACACCUCCUGAGUGGUUCAUCCUGGCUCAGCAUCAUCUUCCUUGGUUUCUUGCUUCCUGGGCAGCUUUGGGGGAGCUCUAUGCACCCCAACUCCCAUACUCAACUCUACCAUAUACCCCCCCUUUGCCCAUCUUCCUACCACCUCACAGCCCUUUUCCACCAGCACCGUUCCAGCAAUGAGACAAGACAAGGAUGCUUUCAGGACUUCAUUGGCAGGCUCACACCCUGUGGGUGGCCCUGUUUUUUUGGUAGAGGGAAUACUGAGACAUCACAUCCUGUCCAGUGGUAGCCGAUGAGCAGGGAAUCUUCCAGUGCACUGGGAGCCAAAUUACUGGCCUGACUUCUUUCUUGGGGACUUCUGUAGCACAUGUUUUUGGCCUGCAGGACCCAGCAUUGUGAGCUCCCCUUGUUACCACAACGAUCUAACUGCCACUGUUUCUCUGUUGGUAAAUGUCAUGGAAUCAUUGAAGUUAGAAAAGACUUCUAAGAACAUCUAGUCCAACCGUCCACACUUGAGCUUCUGGACUUUCUUGUACUGUGCCAUGUUAGCCUCCACUUCUGCACCUUCUGAGGUGCACCUUCACAGAUAAGAAUGUGGCUGGUUGUAAAGUGGUAGUGAUACAGUGGGGUAGCUGUUGGUUUCCGCUACUCAGGUGUCCCUGAGGAAGCAAAAUGAGAAGGUUUGCCUCAGUGUGCCACCAAAUAGCUCAUCCCAAUGCUUCAUCCAGUGUUUCAUGCAGCAUUUCCAACCAAUUUCCUUCUCAAAAGCACAUUUCUAAGCAAAUAAAUUACCAACAAAAAUGUUGUUAAAUAGAGACUCGCUAGAGCGUAGAUGAGUUAGGAGAGUCUCUGGGUAAUUUUCCAACUUGCUUUGGCUCCAAACACAGUCUCCGAAUGAGUGAAGUGAGCUAUAGAGCCCCUGAAAUGCCCCUGCACCAGGUAGUGUACAUGACUGUUGCUUCUUGUUGCAUUCGUUUAUGGCUUUUUGUGGUCAGAUGAAUGUUCAUCUUGCAGGUCUGGGGCUGGUCUGAGAUAGAGCUCAGCUGUUGACCACUUCUUCCCUGCUUAGCACCAGAGAGUAAGCUGUGAAGCACCCCUUGUCAGCAGGGGUUCACGAGCAAUUAUUCUAAAGCUAUUUUUAGCAGAUUUCCAUGUUUUUCUUUUUUUUUCUUGAGAAUUGAGAGAAUAGAUGGCAAUUCAGCACUGUGCCAUGGGAAAAUUACAGCCUGAAUCACAUAGGAUAGUCAAAGAAGAGACGGACUAUCAGUGUUUAUACCAAAAUAGCCUAUUAUCCAGGUGUCUUCCAUAGAUAAAUGAUAAUCAAACACUCCUCAGCUCUCUAAAGGUCAUGAAUCCUUUUGAGUAUCCAGGCUACAUCACGUUUUGUUAUGUUAUUGUUCUGCACAUCUAAAAAGACUGUCACCAUCCUACAUAAUGUGUCAGUUGGCGUAUUUGCUUCCACAGGACAUCUUGCAGAGAAAAACACUUUGCAUUUUGCUGCAUUUUCCAGCCCUGGUGCAAGCCAUUUGUCUUCCCAAGGCUGACACCCACCAAUCACUAAUUUUCAGAAGAGAUACCUCUGUCCUCACAAGGAGACUUACAGCAUGAUCCUUAGCGCUUGUAGGAUGCAAAGGACGCUUUCCCUAUGCAUCUCCUUCUGCACUGAUGUAGGGCAUGACAAUCCUAUGCGGGGUCCUAUAGCAAUGUGUUACUGUUUUCCCUGAGUUAAUUAUUAAAAUCAGUCCCAAAUUGGAUGUGCUGGCGCACUGGACCAAGGAUGCUCACCUCCUGCUCUGCAGCCAGGAUUAAUCAUUCAUCCAGUGACACACAGGAGCACCAUAUAAAUGCUGGACUGGGUUUCCCACUGCUGUUUUUUUUUGCAUGGAGAGGAAAAGCAGAGGUGGUGACCACGCUCUGCUGUCGCUCCACCACACCAUGAAGGCGGUUGUUACCUUCCUGUUCCUGCUUUUUGUAGCAACUCAUGCUGAAUACCGAGGUAGACCAUAUGUUCGGGACAAAGUCUGCCAUGAGUUCAAGACCAUGGGAAAGGAUGACUUCCGAACCAUGACCCUCAUCAUGAACAGCAGGAAAUUCUCCAAUGCCACCUUCGAGGAGAUCAGCCACCUCGUGCAUGAGAUUGUCUCACUGGCGGAGACCUGCUGUGCCGAUGGUGUUGACCCUUCCUGCUACGAUGCUGGGUCUUCAGCCCUGUCAGCCAAGUCCUGCAGCCCUGACUCGCCUUUCCCUGCCCAUCCGGAGACAGCUGCCUGCUGUAUCCACCAAGGCCUGGAGCAGAAGCUGUGCCUGGCUGCCCUACAGCACCCGCCGCGCCAACUGCCCCACUAUGUUGAGCCUUCCAAUGAGGAACUCUGCCAGGCGUUCAAGAAGGAUCCGAAGGACUUUGCUGACAGGUUCCUGCACGAGUAUGUCAGUAGCUACGGCCAGGCGCCCUUGCCCGUGCUCUUGGGCUCCACCAGGAACUUCCUCUCCAUGGUUUCCACUUGCUGCAUAUCACCAUCGCCCACUGUCUGUUUCCUGAAGGAGAAACUGCAAAGAAAAACACUUUCCCUACUCACUUUGAUGUCGAACAGAGCUUGCUUGCGCUUAACAGGAUACGGGAAGGACAAAAUGAAGUUCAGCUACCUGACCAUGCUUGCCCAAAAGAUACCAAGUGCUUCAUUUGAGGACCUUUCCCCUCUGGCAGAGGAUGCGGCUGAGGUGUUCUCCCAGUGCUGUGACUCAGUGGCCGAAGACUGCAUUCAGCAGAAGUUGUCGGAGCACACCACAAAGAUCUGCACCACACUGUCAGCCAAAGACAAAAGGUUUGCUGACUGCUGUGCAGGAAAAAACAUCAUGCAAAACUACUUCUGCAUCUCUGCCUUGCAACCAGCUGUGGCUCCCAAACUGCCUGAGCUGCAGAAGCCAACCAACAAGCAAUUGUGUGAUGAUAAUGGGGCCCUCCACACCAGAAGGUACAUGUUUGAGCUGGCACGGAGGCACACCAAUGUCCCUGACGUCUUCCUUGGCAAGCUGUAUGAUGCCUCUGAAAAUGUCAUCAGGGAGUGCUGCUCUGCCAAGGAUGCUUCAACCUGCCUUGACAGCAAGCGACAGCAGAUGGGAGUAGAGCUGCCUGCCUUCCUGGAAAAGGCUAACCAGCUCUGUGGACAGUACAAUGAGCUGAAUUUCCUUGACUUCAAGAACAGGCUGAGGGACAGCAUCAGGCAGACCAGGCCAGAUGCUAGCCCUGAGCUGCUGACACAGCUGACAGACCAGAGAGCUGAUUUUGCCUCCACAUGCUGCCCAGCGAACUCACCGCCACUUUACUGUGUUGCACAGGUGACCGCAGAGCUGGCAAGUACUUGCAAGCAAGGCUCUUGCAUGCUGGUCUAGGUGUGGGACAGUGAAAAACAAGGUGAGGGGUCCAGCUGGAGGAUGCAAAAUGCUGCUGUUGUCUGGACCAGCUUACAGCCCCCUUACUGAUACGUCACUGCAGCCACAAUAAACAUAUUUUAAAAAACACCCUUGCCCUGGGAAGCACCAAAACUUUGCUUUCUUUAUGGUUGCAUUGUGGUAUGCCAGGUUCCAAAGGGGCAGCUCAGACAGGAGGUAAAGGUCCCAGCUCUGGCUGUGGGAGUUGAUGUUCUAAACAGUUAGGCAGGAAAAUCAAAAUCCCGCGUCAAGCACCCACGGAGAUGGGGUUGCUCUUUCUGACUGUUCGGAUAUUGUCAAUGUGGAAGUAGGCAGUAACAUCACAAAGUGGGCUGUCCAUCUGAAAUAGAACAGCUCAAGUUUCAGCAGUUGCCAAGAGAUGGCGCCUGUAACCCAGGGAAGUGAGGAACGUGCUGUGUCUAUAACAUCUCCUGGCCCUGCUGCUUUCCAAAGUGGGCAGGGUGAUGCUGCUCCCAGUGCUCUCAAAAAGGGAUCUGCACAAGGCUACCUGACCUCACUCCAAAUAAACCUUGCUGUCAGAAGGCUGGGAAAAGUAAUGCCAUGUCCCUGUUGCCUGCGUGAAUUCUUAGAAGGAAGGGGCUCCUUUUGAUACUGUUUUUGGCUGAUUGUACCUUUUGUCACCCGUAAGAAACUUCUAAAAUGAGAAUUGAGCUCCAAGUGCUGACCUUGGCUAUGCCGGAUAAAGUCUAGCUCACAAGAUAUUGUAACAGCUUCACAAGAGCUGAGAUUACUUGUGAAAACGAACGUCUUUCUCAACAAGACUUAGCACUAGCAGAUUUCCUGGGAAUUCAGAGAAAUGAACCACACUGACGAUAGUCCUGUGGCAGCCAUACAUCAGGGUCACCAAACCCUCCAUACAUGAAGAUUAUUCUCUUCUGCUGCAUGCACAUCUUUCCACAAAUCUUUACUGAAGUGGGUUAAGAAGGCAUUGUCCCAUCCUUAUCAGCUCCAGCUUAGCAUACCCUGGCUGUUAUGGAGCUUCUGACAAGCAGGUCUAUCACUUCACCACCCCUCAUUUUUGGUGCCCAAAAGGUAUUUUGACAUUAGAUGAUGGGUCUUCUUUUACACCCCAGUUUUAAAGGUUUUAAACACAACCUUAAGUAUCCACCUUUGCCAGACAUCACAUGAACUAUGCAUAUCUCUUCUCAGCGCUGUGUUUUCUUCAUGAGGCCAGGCACUGUCCCAGCCCACACCACGAGGAACAGGUGAGGGAGCUGCUGUGGGACAGCAAGGAGCAUCAGUGCCUGCCCUUGUGAUGGCAAAACCUUGCAUUGGUCUGAAGGAGACUGUUCUGUGGGCCAACAGAUAACCAUUUGGGGUCAGAGGCUAUCUAAAGAUGGGGAUGAAUGGGAUGGUGGUCAUAAUCACAUUUCAUUCUCUCAUCCACAAUUUCAGCUAUAUUUCCUCGCAGACCAAAGCCUCCUUCCUGUGCCCUGAAUUUGUGGAGAGCAUGGUUGGGGAAAUAUUUUUUAGUGCUGCAGUUUCUUGUAGAGUGGGCAAGAUCAGCCUCAGAAUGCCAUUUGAAAAGCAAAACCUUCACACUGACCUAUAGUGUUAUUCAGGACCAACGCCAGCCCAGUGGGAGGUGGGCAUCUCAACACUUCUUUUAUGGUGUUUGAAAAUGGACAUUUCUGCUUGGCAUGACCAUCCCAUGCCAUGGUGAUCCCAAUCUGCCUUGUCUCCAGUGCCAUGGAGUGUGUUUCCCCAUGCAGCAGGGGGUGAGACAGAGCAAAGACAUGCCAGAAAGGCUUCACCCCAUUGCCUU